AUGGGCCAAGACGCCGCCAAUAAUUUGACGGCCAUCGUUCAGUCCAUGGGGCUCCUAAUGGAGGCCGGAAUGGAAGAUGGCGAAGAUGUGAUGACAAUCGAGAGUGACCACGUACAAGCUAGCUGCCUCAUCACUUCAAGGACGGGGAGCUUGAGUUUCGACGCUGGAACAUCAUCGGUGUCGUUCGAGAACGGCGUCAUUGGUUCUCCAUCGCCGCCAUCCACGAGGAGACGAAUGACUCCUGAAAUGGACGAGGGGUCGAAGUGCAAAGCAGGCGGAUGUGGUUCAUCGACAAAUCGCAGGCGAAGGCCAUCCUCUCGUCGCCUAAGUACUGUUUCCCCGGCAUCUACAUCAACCGUGCUAGUCACAAACCAGCUCUUCAAUGCUGUUAGCCGGCCGUCGGCCCUCGUCAACGGGGGCGUCACACAAAUCAGGGUUUCAAGUACCGAUGACGGAGAGGACAUCGCGUUGGCAGGCCCGGUGCAGCUGACAAUGAGGGCGUCAAUGACAUCGAGUGCUCUACUCCCGUCGUGUUCAUACUACAACGAGGAAACCGGCCUCUGGGAUUCAGAGGGUCUCGCUAUUGGCGCAGUUGCUGUCCCGAUCGACGCGGGCGACAGCGCACUGGAUGUCCUCGUGUCCUGCGUGACGUUUCACCUGUCGGACUUCGGUGUGGCAACCACAGAAAUCGAGACCGUCUUCCAACCGGGGGCAGGCCUCAGUGUCGUCAGUGGAAGGGACAUGACCGUGUGGGGACUUGUGCUGACGGUAGGCGCCUUGAUCCUUUUGGGCAUCGUCUGGAGCGUCUCCAGGAUAGCAGAUUAUCGUUCGAAAACGGCCGAAAAGCUUCAGACAAGGGCCUACGACCACUACAUCGAAACAGGACAUCCCCAGCGGCUACCGACUUUGGAAGAUAUCAAGGACUUGAAACAGACGCUAGAGAGGAAGCACAAGAGAAGACGGAAAAGACGGGAUGAGUCAUUUGCAGGAUACCUUCGACGGAAGUUGUUCCAACGGGCACAGGUAGGAACAGUGACCUGGAGCGAAAAAAGACUGUGUCACGAUCCGAGUGCGCCAUUAAGUACUUCUGCGUCCUCAUGGGACUAG